AUGGCCGAUUCCAGCGAGACGCGACCGGUUGCGCGGGCUACCAAGCCUGUGAGCGAGGCUUUGCUCAACGAGAAGUGGGACCGCGCCAUUUCCUCGAUGAUCAUCAAGUCUUCGCUCGGCCUGUCUUUCGGUGUCGUUUUCUCUGUUCUGCUGUUCAAGCGCAGAGCUUGGCCUGCUUGGGUCGGCCUCGGCUUUGGCGCCGGCCGCGCUUGGGAGGAGGCUGACGCUUCUUUCCGCCGCGGUGAUUCGCCCGUCAGAGAUGCUCUGCGUCGAUAG